CGUGUUUUGUUGCGUUUCUCCUUGUGUUCUUGCGCUUUUCCCGUUAAAAUAAUGAGUGCCAGGGACACAAAUCUCGUGGCAGACUACAGGAAUUAUAGUCACUUGAGUGAGAACUUCCCAAAAGUGACAAAACCUCGAGUGGUGAAUAGUUUCAGCAUUGACAGGAAAGGAGUUUAUCACGAGAGUCUGGAGCAGCUGAAGUACUUGAAUCUUCCAGUGGGCAGAGUUCAGUGGGAUCUCAACAAUGGCUAUGAGAUAUAUGAGAAGAAGGACAGCAAUUGUAACAACAUAACCUACAUCUUGCAGUUCAUCGAGAAGAACUGGAAGAGAAUGCAUAUUCACAGCAAUCAUCCGGACAGAGACAAGAAGAUAAUCUUCCCGGACAUUGUGUGCUUCCGUGGACUGCUGAGGCUCCUCAUGUGCACUCCCUACGAGGCGAGUCCACGGUGCGAUGGCUGGAUUAUUCUGGCCUCGAAGUAUCGCGGCACAAUUUAUCUGUAUGAGAAAUAUACACCAGAAAAGGAGGUAAAGGUGGCUAAUAUGCCAAAGGACCAUCAGAAGUUCUGCUAUUACGGAUACAAAUUUGAGCAGUACAUCAUGACCAAGGAACCAGGAAAACCCAACGAUGUUUCCGAGCCUGUGAUUGAGCGAGAGGAAUUUGACGUGGGCUUUAAGACUGAAAUUGGCCAUCAUCGAGUCUUCUACAUUGCCGAAGUCGAUGGAAUAGACUCCAAAGUGCCUGUGGACAAGGACGCCGAUCUGUCCAGAACUCCUGUGGAGUUUGUCGAGGUGAAGACAACGAAGAAGAUCGAAAAGUUCUACGAUGAGAAAAAUUUUCAUCGGUACAAGCUAAGGACUUGGUGGUGUCAGAGCUUCCUGGCCGGCAUAGAAACGGUAUAUUACGGCGAGCGAACGGCCAAGGGCAUCGUUGAGACUGUGAAGGAGAUCCCAGUGAAGGACAUGCCGAAACUGGGCAAGAAUGACUGGUCAACAGUGAUCUGCAUGAAGUUCUGCAUUCUCUUUCUCGACAUGGUGAAGGAUUUCAUGAAGAACAUCGACGAUUCUGAUACAGUCAUCAAGUUCUCUUUCAAUCCUCGUGUCAGCGAUUAUGUGCAGUUCGAGGAAUUUCUGGGAAAAUCCCCGCUGACUUUCUUGGAACCGUCUUUCGUCGAGUUCCUGUGCGCUCAAGACAAAAGAUAAUAAUGAGU